UAGGGCUUUUACUAGACAGGAGGCUAAAAUUAAAUCACCAUACCACCCAGUUAUCAAACAGGGUGCGAAAUGCUGUUUAUGGUUUGAGCUGGAUCUUGGGUAAGCAGAGCAAACUCCCAGCUUCAAGUAAAGCACUACUAUAUAAACAAUUAAUCGCGCCAACCUGGCAGUACGCACUCCCUGUCUGGGGUCCACUGGUUUCAAAAACACAAUUUGGUAAAAUAGAGGUUUCACACAACAAAAUGUUACGCUGGACUGUGCAAGCUGGCCGUUAUAUAAGGAAUAAGGACAUACAAAGCUUUUACAACGUGAAGUCUGUGCAAGAAGUAUUUGACGAAGCCAGUGGCAGGCUCGCCAACUCACUCCUUGCACACCCGAACACAGAAGUGAGAAAUCUUCUCUUGAAUCUAUUUAAUCCGGAUAACCAAGACUUGCCAAUUUACACGAAACAACUCGAAAAACAUUUUGAGCCUUUGCGGCGUUUACUUCUACAGCAGCCGGUAACACUCCAGCAGCAAAUUCCAACUCUAAUUCGCCUUAAACAACAAGAACAGGAACAGCAACAGGAACAGCGUAAUCUGCAGCAAGCACAGCUGCGUAUAGAACAUCGUGAAAGCCAGGCUAGGCAAAAACAGGAACUAGCGUUAGCGACCGGCGUACCCCAGGAAAGGCCGUCGAUGGACUGGGUCAACAACAUGUCACGGUCAGUCAGGAGUGGCACGAUUAGCCGUGUAGACAUGGCCCAUAUCAUCAGGUUUCAGCCAGAGUAUAUCCAGAGGCUUAUUAUGAGCCCGCUACUACCAUCUGAGGUCCGCACGCCAACUCCAGAGCAGCAGCUUCAAGCUGGUCUGAACAGGCUGAAACUGUACCUGGAAGAAGAAUUAUUAGAUUCAUAUGAUACAGAUUUAUCUGUGGCGGUCCAAAAAACCAUGGCCGUCACCCCUAAUUUUUCUCACUCAAAUUUACAGAUUUCAACAAAGGUCACUCCUAGAUGUCCGCACACCAACAGUGAUGCUGCUCCAAGAUUGCCCCUCGACCAAAUCAUUGACGGCGCUAAUCCGGAUCCCUUGAAAUCGUCGGCAGCAACUGAUGUGGCUGUGUUACUCACUCCUGGUGUGAGAGAAGAGUAUCUCCAAAUUGUUCCACCUUCGUCCACUAUCCAUCACCAAGCUGCUGCUCCAAGCGUUCUUGAAGCCUCUAACUCCAACGCAGACAAGCGGUCAAAUCUGCAUGUACACGAGAUGCUUCCACCUGGCGAGGGAAAAAAGACUUUAAUUAACAACAUGCGACCACACGUACAAAAACGCACUGUUUACAACGACACUCAAGUUUCUGCACCUCUGGACUCACUGGGCAGUACUGCUGAAUGCUCUACAACUGGUUUGCCCCGAGCUGAUUUUACUGGAUCCACCGCGGCCACUGGUUCGGGCUGCUUUGAAGUCGCUAAAACACUGGCCUCCACUACAUCCUGGAUUAGCGCCUCCUGCUCCCACGAGUCCUUAUCAUAUCCAGCUAGACCAGCUCCUUCUGCCACUGCUCCCUUGGGGUCAGCGUGCAUCCAGUAUCCACAGCAAACUCGGUUUCAAAUUGGCCAACAACCGACGGUGGACUCUCCUGAAGUUGGCGUCGCUCAUCUACAGCUGGCUGCAUCUGAAAUUGCCAACCACAUUAAUCCGGACUCUCCAGAGGCUUUGAAUGAGGCUGACACGUGCUGCAACACACACCCCUAG